UACGGUAAUUGUUUUGAGGCCAUUUUGAACCGAGAUGGAUCGAAGCCCUUCCGUACCUGAGUGGAACCAAAGGUUUUCCUCCCCGCCUUCACGUUGGGCUCGCCCACCCUACAGAGGACCCGGCCACCGCGGUGCUUCUGCCCAGGGCUACCCCGCUUACUCGCCCAAUUCUCCGGCGUAUUCCCAUGGUUUUAACCGCGGACAUAGGGGAGGUUCGCCAGGAGGGUCCGGCGGCGGAAGACGGAGCUUCGGAGGGUCUCCGGCUGUGUUCGGCAGCGGCGGCCGAAACUUCGGAGAGAAGCAUCGAAGGGGAAACAGUUUCGGCAGGCCAAUCAACUUCAGUCCGUCGGCGUCGAAUGUGCAGUGUGAAUCUUCUGACUCGAUCGAGAGAUACUUCAGUCCGUCCAUGUUGGAGGAUCCUUGGGCAGCACUGCAGCAAAAGCAUACCCAGAUGUCGACCCCCAACAAUCCAUAAACAACAUCAGUAUCAUGCAACAGGAAGUAGCUGGGAGUUUCCUGGUUAAUGCAAGAAUCAUUCAGUUUGAUUGGAUGCGUCUACAUAAUAUAUAAGGUCAGGUGCAAGUUUAUGCACUGUUUUGGCAUUAUUACUGACUAUUUGGGGUUAACAAAGGGCAAUAUUUCGAAGUAGCUUUCCAUUCUUGACGAGUAUUAGAAACGAUGAGUUUGACUUGAUAUUUGUACAUAAAGUGCAUAUAAUUUAUAUAUUUUGGGUAUUUUUUUUAUUUUAACAAAUAUAAACUCAAAUCAGGAAGUAGUUUGUCUUGUCCUAAUGAAAAAAAAAUGUUUGGUUGGAUUUUUGUACAUCUAUGUGUUUUAAGUGCACAUAAUGAAUACGUUUAUACACUGUAUUUUAUUUUUUACUCAAAACGAUGUAUUUGCAAUGUACGAAGUUCUUAUUAAAUUGAU